AUGGCGCCGCCUACCAUGACCGUCGGCACGCGCAAGUCGCCUCUGGCCAUGGCCCAAGCCGAGCUCGUCGUUGCCUCGCUGCAGUCCAUCUUCCCGUCGUCGUCCUUCCCCAUCCUCGGCACCACCACCACGGGCGACCGCGACCAGAACACGGCCCUGUACAACUUUGGCGGCAAGGGCCUCUGGACGACCCAGCUCGAGGAGAAGCUCGCGGCCCACGAGGUCGACAUGGUCGUCCACUCGCUCAAGGACAUGCCCACCACCCUGCCGCCCGACUGCGCCCUCGGCGCCGUCACCAAGCGCGAGGACCCGCGCGACGUGCUCGUGCUCAAAACCGCCCUCGCCGACACGGGGCGCCUCAAGACCCUCGCCGAUCUGCCCGACGGCAGCGUCAUCGGCACCAGCAGCAUCCGCCGCAUCGCCCAGCUGGCCCGGCGCUACCCGGCGCUCAGGUUCAAGGACGUGCGGGGCAACAUCCAGACGAGGCUCAGGAAGCUCGACGACGACCCCGAGCUGAGCGCGAUUGUGCUGGCGGCCGCCGGGCUGCUGCGCAUGGGCCUGGGCGGCCGCAUAUCGCAGUACCUGGACGUGGACAAUGGCGGGAUAUUGCACGCCGUCGGACAGGGCGCGCUGGGGGUGGAAUGCCGCGCGGGGGACGACGAGGUGUUGCGGGCGCUCGCGGAGAUUGAGCACAGGGACACCAUGCUGGCGUGCGUGGCCGAAAGGAGUCUGAUGAGGGAGCUCGAGGGCGGGUGCAGUGUGCCCAUUGGCGCCGAGACCAAGUGGGUGGAUGGCAAGUUGCGCUUCAGAGCGACGGUCGUUUCCGUCAAUGGCAAGGAAGGCGUCGACGCCGACGUUUUGGAGACCGUCACGUCCGAGGAGGAGGCGACGGAGCUGGGCAAGAGAGUGGCCAGGGACCUGGUGAGCAGGGGGGCCGACAAGAUUCUAGAUGCCAUCAACAAGGCGCGUCCCCAGGGGAAGUGA